GGAGUUAGCUAGCUUGUGUUGAUGUUCUGUCUGUGUUUCAUCGUUCCUCAGUCGUGAGAGAGAGAAGAGAGAAAAAGAGAGAUGAGCGUGACAGCGUACUUUGCUCGGCGAGCGGCGCAGAAGGAACGGGUUCGGAUCUUGUACCGCCGCGCCCUCAAAGACACCCUCAACUGGGCCGUCCACCGCCACCUCUUCUACGACGACGCUGCAAACCUUCGCGAUCGCUUCGAGCAAAACAAGCAUGUGGAAGAUCUUGAUACUAUCGAUAGGUUGAUCGAUGAUGCGGAAGCACACUACAACAAGUUUCGUCACCCUGAUCCUUACAUAGUGCCUUGGGCUCCUGGUGGUUCAAAGUUUUGUCGCAACCCAGCUCCACCUCCUGGGAUUGAGAUAGUUUAUAAUUAUGGCCGUGAAGAUAAUGACUAAAAUCACCAUCUUUUCCUUGCAAUAAAUAAAGAUUGAGAAGAACCAUGCUUGUGAUGUUGAAGAAAACUAUUACAUGCUUUGUCUUUAGUGUCACUUGACCGAAACCGGAUGGUUCCUGGAACAUUGAAUGUAUUGAUAUUCUGUUGCUGAUUCUUUUUUGUGUAAUGGAGUUUCUAUAUGGUCAUAAAAGUAGCUAUAUUCUACCGAAGGAUUUGUAUGAAUUACAUAAAUCAACUGCAAGUUCUGUGUUUAAGAUUUGAUUUCCAUGCUCUUCCA